AUGGCUCAACCACAGCCAGAUCAAGCGCAGCCACCGCCGGCCACUCUCACCAAUCCUCGGUUCACACUCGAGCUCGAAUUCGUGUCCUCCCUCGCCAAUCCGUACUACCUUUCUCACCUUGCCGUGAACUAUCCAAGCCUGCUAGGGAUAUCCAAAUCUGGUAACGAGAGCGAAAUUAAUGACGACAACUCAGACCCGGACGCCGAGGCCUUCGCAGCCUACCUUGCUUAUCUAUACUCCUACUGGAAGACGCCCGAGUACUCCCAAUUCCUGACACAUCCUGGUGCAACACUGCGCGCGCUACGGCUUCUUCAAGAAGAAAACUUCCGUCGUGAUAUUAUUCGUCCGCAGGUGAUAGAAGGGUUGGCGGGAGUCGACUUCAGCGGCGAGCAGAAUGUGGUUGAAUCGGGAGAACAAGAUGCGGAGCAAAAUAAAGCGGAACCGGGAAACGCUGAAAAUCAAGAUAGCAAGUCUUGA